AUGUGGGACCGUAUCGUGGUGUUUCUCGCGUUCCUCGCGCAUCACAUCGACGCCGCGAGGCUGACACCGCGCGCAAACACCAUCGGACCCUCGCAACACGCGCUACGAGCGGACAACUCCAACUGGAUGGCCGAGGAUGCGUCGAUUCUCCGUGACAUGACUCUCGGCGAGGUGGUCCUCCCCGGCACGCACGACGCGGGCGCCUACGCGCUGACGUCGAAGCUGAUGCCGGGUUCAAGGUUCCCGACACCGUGGGAGGCUGCGGCUAUCGCGAUAGCCGAGGACUUGGGCAUCGGCGUGGACAGGGUGAUUACCCCGUGGGCGCUGACGCAAUCUCUCGACGUCCUCGCGCAGCUCGAGUUCGGGUACAGGUACAUCGACCUGAGGGCGGGAUGGAACGGCACCGCGUGGUGCGCGCAUCACGCCGAGGUCGGUGUUCCCAUCGCCGACAUCCUGAACGACAUCGCGACGUUCAUGCGGACACACCCCGGGGAGGUCGUGGUCGUGCAGACGAGCCACCUGGACGGCUUCCCCAACGCGACACGCGUGGACGAACUGUCGGCGGAGGUGACGAAAACACUCGGCGAAUACGUGGCCGGUCCGGAGUGGGCGCGAGGUAAGGCGUUCGGGGAUGUCACCAUAGGGGAGAUGGUGGACUCCGGGCGGAGACUCGCGGUGGUGUUUGGCGACGGCGACUAUGAAUCGUUCGGCGGCGCAUCCAAGACCACAUGGCCGCCCGAGGUGCUGCACAACGCGUACGCCGACGCCGACGACCCGACCGCGGUGAUGAAAUACGUGCGCGAUAAGAUUGUGGAGUACAACAACUCCAGCGGGGAGGCCGCACCUCCCGGGACGAUGUCCAAGAUAUCGUGGAUUCUCACCGCGCAAACUAAGACUGUCGUCGGCAUGUUCGAGCCCGGCGCGCGGCCGAGGAGCCUGAGGGAGCUGACCGAGCGAAGCAGGCCCGCGUUCGGGGCACUCGCCGAGGAGGUGGUUCAGUCGGGAUGUAGGGCGGGUAACAUUAUGAGCGUCGACUUCGGCGGCGGCGCGGGGGACUACGCGACGCGAGCUGUUCGCUGA